CACGCCGGCGGCUUGCAUCGACGCUACUCGACGUUCACCGGCGCGUAUGUGGAAAUUUCCGACAUGAGCGACUUGGAGUUUUUCGUGUCGGCCGACUCGCGCGACUGGCUCAUCCCGUUUGAAGCGCUCACGCUGCAGCGCGAGGUCGGCAACGGUACGUCCGGCCAAGUGUUCCAGUCGCUCUACCACAGCGGCGGCGGCAAUUCGGUCGUCGCCGUCAAGCGCCUCUAUAGCCCCGUGACGGGCCAAGAGUACUUUCAGAGCUUCUUUCGGCGCGAAGUGAGCAUUUUGAGCAAGCUCCACCAUCCAAACGUCGUGCGGUUUUACGGCGUGAGCUACUACAACCGGGUGCUGUACAUUGUGACGGACUUUUGCCGCACGUCGUUGAGCGCGCUGAUUGAAAACCCGGCGUCCAGCGACCAUUUCGAGUCGGGGUUUCUGCUCAAAGUCAUGGGUCAAAUCACGGCCGGCAUGGCCUUUCUGCACAGCCGCAGCGUCGUCCACCGGGAUCUCAAGCCUGCGAACGUGCUCUUGAACGACACGGACGACAUCAACAUUUGCGACUUUGGCCUCUCGCGGCUCAUUGACCCGGAACAAACGUCUAUGACCGCCGAGGUGGGCACGCCGAGCUACAUGGCCCCCGAGAUGGCGACGAUGGGCGCGGCGCUCUGCUCGACCAAAGGCGACGUCUACUCGUACGGCAUUCUCCUCUACUCGAUGUGGUCUCGCAGCAAGCCGUAUGGGGACCAGGGCAUGAACCCGUUCCAGCUGAUGACAGCAGUCGUCAGCGGCUUGCGACCGGUGAUUCCCAUCAACUGCCCACCGGGCCUCGCUCGGCUCAUGCGGCAGUGCUGGGACGCAAACCCGCUGAGCCGACCGAGCUUUCCGGAAAUUAGCCUCCAACUCAAGGACCCGACGCUGCUCCAAAGCGUGCGCGUGCGACCAAGUCCGUCUUCUAAUUAA